GCAAGGGUAAGAAACAAAUAAAGACUCUGACCAAACGACCAAACGACAUGAUACAGAGACGAGGAUAGAACUCAUCAAAAUCCCCUAGAAAUCAGAUUUUCUAAAGAUCAACGAGUGAAUCAGCUCCAGAGCACAAAGAAAUCAAUACCGUUUUGGAGGGGGGGGUUUAGAGCUACGCUGAUAACAGCUUCAACAAAAAGACUCUUGCUUUUACAACAUCCCGAGCUGUUAUGCACAAACCAUGGGAGAUGGAAACACCACCAACAGCAAUAGAAGUAACAGUAACAGCGAGAAGCCAGAAUGGUUGCAACAGUAUAAUCUGAUUGGCAAGAUUGGCGAAGGAACCUAUGGUCUUGUAUUCUUGGCAAAGAUCAAGGCUGCUGCUAAUCGUGGAAAGUCUAUUGCCAUCAAGAAAUUCAAACAGUCCAAGGAUGGAGAUGGUGUUUCCCCUACUGCUAUUCGUGAAAUCAUGUUGCUUCGCGAGAUCUCGCAUGAAAAUGUUGUGAAGCUUGUGAAUGUACACAUUAAUCAUAAUGAUAUGUCACUGUAUCUGGCUUUUGAUUAUGCUGAACAUGAUCUUUAUGAAAUUAUUAGGCAUCACAGAGAUAAGAACUCUCAGGGCACUAAUUUUAUCAAUCAGUAUACAGUAAAAUCAUUGCUGUGGCAGCUGCUCAAUGGACUGAACUAUCUUCAUAGUAACUGGAUUAUACAUCGAGAUCUAAAGCCAUCUAACAUCCUGGUUAUGGGUGAGGGAGAGGAACAUGGGUUUGUCAAAAUUGGUGAUUUUGGACUUGCAAGAAUAUAUCAAGCUCCGUUAAAGCCAUUAUCUGAUAAUGGAGUGGUGGUAACCAUUUGGUAUCGUGCACCCGAGUUGCUUCUGGGAGCAAAGCACUAUACUAGUGCUGUUGAUAUGUGGGCUGUUGGAUGCAUUUUUGCUGAACUUUUGACUUUGAAGCCACUUUUUCAAGGGUCAGAAGCUAAAUCCACGCCAAAUCCGUUCCAGCUCGAUCAACUCGACAAGAUUUUUAAAGUUCUAGGCCAUCCUACCCUCGAGAAGUGGCCUUCUCUUGCACAUCUUCCUCAUUGGCAAUCAGAUUUGCAGCAUAUUCAGGCACACAAGUAUGAGAGUGCUGGACUACACAAUGUUGUGCAUCUACCACCAAAAAGUGCUCCUUUUGAUCUCCUAUCUAAGAUGCUUGAAUAUGAUCCUCGAAAACGUAUAACAGCUGCGCAAGCUCUAGAACAUGAGUACUUUCGGAUUGACCCUUUACCAGGGCGAAAUGCCCUUGUGCCUUCUCAGCCCGGAGAGAAGGUGAUCAAUUAUCCAAUUCGUCCUGUAGAUACAAAUACAGAUUUUGAAGGAACCACCAGUAUGCAGCCUCCGCAACAAAUGUCAUCUGCAAAUGCAGUUUCUGGAGGUAUGCAAAGUGGUCAUGGAAUGGCCAAUAGAUCUGGUCCUCGACCAAUGCCGAUGGGCAUGCAGAGAAUGCAAUCCCAGGCUAUGGCUGCUUAUAAUCUUGCACCUCAGGCAGGGAUGGGUGGAAUGAAUCCAGCUGGCAUGCCAAUGACACGGGGUGUUGCUUCCCAGCCACAUCUGCGGAGGAAAGAACCUCCUGGAUUGGGGCCUGGAUAUCCUCAACAGAAAUCGAGACGCCAAUAAGAAAAUGAUGUUGGAAGGAUUCUUUUAAAAACAUUUAAGGCCGAGUCCAACCCGAAGUUUCUUCAAACUUGCCUUGGCGGUCAGCUGAUGCACUGUGCACCUUUUUCUAUGACAUGGUAAGCCACUUCUGUUUUUGAGGUAGCUUAAUUGAAGCUUACACAGAGAAAAAAAAAAGAUAGUUAUCAUAUACAAUAGGUAAGCAUAUCAGCGUGCUGGCUAGGAGAAAUUACUGUGUUAUGCUAACAAUGAGUUAACCUAAGAAUUUCUUGCUGGCCAGAGGUUACUAGAAAAUAGUUGUAUUUGUAACCAUUAUGUAGAAUGUCAUUUCGUAACAUUUCAAAGGGUGUAUGAGCUUGAUAUGAGACAAAAAAAAUGUUUCUUUGAGCACAAUACUUGUAAUUGCCAUCUGGUUCAAGCAGGCAGCAAGAAUUGAACUUGCAGGAAAUUGAUUUUCUCAAUUUUAAAUCUGGAAUGUACAAACCUAAAUUCCCCAAGUAUGAAAUGAGAUAAUUAACUUCAAAAUA